AUGGGCGUUACUGUUGAAACUAUUGUUCCUGGAGACGGUGUUAACUAUCCUAAAAGAGGAGACAAAGUGACCAUUCACUACGUUGGAACUCUCACUGAUGGAAAAAAAUUUGACUCAAGCCGGGAUCGUGGCAAGCCAUUCGAGAUAGAAAUUGGCACAGGAAAGGUUAUUAAGGGCUGGGAUGUAGGUGUCAUGCAACUGUCCUUAGGACAGAUAGCUGUCCUCACAGCAACCCCGGACUUCGCAUACGGGCCACGUGGGUUCCCUCCCACCAUUCCUCCAAAUUCAACGCUCAAAUUUGAGGUUGAGUUGAUGAGAAUCAACUAA